UCAGACUUGAAGUCUCAGAUAAGGGCGACUUUAUAUUUGGCUUGCACAAGCAACGGCAACAAUAGUGGAAAUAGAUGCUGUAGUUUUGCAAAUUUUUGAAGUUGAAGAGGUGGUGAUAUCGCCAGGAAUGGAAGGCUAUAUUGGAUGCACUGCUGCCAUUUCAGCUUUGAGUCUCGACUCAGGGCAGUGUGACUAGUAGUUUAGUUUGACACAUGAUGUGCAGAUAUUGUUAAUGUUGCUGUGGUUAAUGUUGUAUAAUACUGCAUAUAUUUCAAGAGUUGCUCCAUCCCUGAAACCUGAAGCUAGUAAACACAGAUUCAACCAGAAACAAAAUUGUAUCAGGUUUUAAUUUCUACAGCAGGAGUCAAAUCUAAUGCUCAAAAUUGCUUAAACUGUGUUUUGUAUGAAGAGUCAAUAUGCUGGCUGGAUUGAUCAAUACUGAACAUUCAUGAGUAACUGAUAUCAUUCAGUAUAUUGUGGCAUUUACAUUUGCUUCAUCCCAGUUACCUUCAUACAACAAAUCUUACAUGAUAGACAACAUCAUAUGUGGGUUUAAUAGAAUACUGGUGUGUGUCUUGGAGAGAUGUUUGCUGACAUCACAGCAGCAUUCUAGAAUUAAUGUAACAAAGAAUGAGAAUUUAGAAUUUGGUCAUUUUGCUCUUUUACUGUUUCUGGGAGGACUACACACAAGUCGUUUGUCUACAUAAGCAGCCAACGGUGUAAAAAUCAACUACAAGGAAGAAUUUAACAGAGCCAAAGUGAGAACUGAACAACUUUCUACAGAUCAUUUCAUCAUGGCAGAGGACAGCAACAGCAGCAGUGACUCAGACGGGUUACUGGUCCCGAGCGACUAUGAGAUAGUUGACUUUAUUGAAAAUGGGACUGUUGAAGUCGUGACAAAGUGCAAGAGAAAGGACACUGAAGAGCCUGUGGCCAUAAAAUUCUUGAGAAGUAGCAAGAGCGCGAUGAAGGAGGUGUCCAUUUUAGAAGAAUUAAUGAGACACAAUCUGGAUCAACACAACAUUGUAAAGCUCUACAGCUGGUACCAGAUGAAAAACACCAUUGGUCUGGUGUUGGAAUUGCUAGAUAUCACCCUUUGGGACUACAUGAAGGGGGAUCGUCUGCCUUUAAAGGAUAUCAGGCUCAUCACAGAGCAGAUGGCCACAGCUUUAUAUGGACUGAAGAGUGUUGGAGUGAUCCAUGGAGAUAUAAAACCCAACAACAUCAUGCUGGUGAAGGAUCAGGAGCAGUCCUUCACACUGAAGCUUAUUGAUUUUGGCUUGUCAUUUCAUACAUCUGAAGGUGUGGUGGGCACUCGUUACCAGGUACCUUAUUACAGAGCUCCAGAGAUCAUGCUAGGACUUCCCUUCAAUGAAGCCAUUGACAUGUGGUCUCUUGGCGCUGUGCUGGGCUUCAUGAUGUUUGGAGAGCUCAUCUUCCCAUGGUUCUGUGAAUAUAAUCAGAUGCAGUCUAUUUGUGAAAUCUUGGGCCAACCAGCAGAACAUCUUCUCAAUGCUGGUCUAAAAACAAGCGAGUUUUUCAUCAAGACCUCUGACAAUAAGUUUACCCUCAUGACACAUGACCAGUAUUGGAAAAACAAGAUUUCCUUUGGCAACAAGAAAUUUGCCUUCAGCUCUCUGGACGAUCUGAAGGUGUUAGGCAAGGAGCUGGGGAAUGAAGCUGAGGGAUGGGGGCAGUGUGUUGAACUGCUGAAAGCGAUGCUCAAGGUGGAUGCCAGUGAGAGGAUCACCCCCAGUGAGGUCCUUAGGCAUCCCUUCAUCACACAGAGCUACCUGAAUGAGAAUCAGCAGCCAGCAGCAGAUGAGCCCAGAACCAGUCAGGCCUCAACCGACCUCAGAAGCAUAGAGUCUGUGUCUGAUGCUGAUGACAGUAUCAAGGCUGACCAAACUGAAGAUACUCAAAGUGACAGAAACCACUUCAGUGACGUACUGCGUUGUAAAACUCUAGUGCUGGAUGCUGACCAUCCUGGCAGUGAUCAGGACACCAGUGCUCCUGAGGAGAUCCAGUCGAUCAUCACAGAACUAGAGGAGACCAUAUCAGAUGACAGCAAGGCCCAUGAGGAGACCAAGACAAAGAAGAAGAAGAAGAAGAAAAACUGCAUCAGACGCUUCUUCUCAUGGAUGAGGAAGACAUUUUGCUUUUGUAGUUCAACAAAAGUUCAGGACUAGAUGACAAAGAUGGCAACCUUAUUAGCCCAAAUACAGAGUGAAGAAUCAAUGCAUAAUCAGUAUGCUUAAAACAAAAUAAUUCACACAAAUAAGCAUAACGACACUUCCUCCAAAAAUGAGAAAAGAGGUAAUUCAAAUCCUACAUGUCAAACGAUCAGAGAAGCACUUUGUUUUAAGCAUACUGAGUUAUGGUGAGACUAUGUAACAUUUGCUUUACAGUAGUCAUUCUGGCCAAAACCAGUGGCAAUCAUGAAAUGAUAAUACAUGCUAAAACGGCAUAAAUGUAGUAUAAAAAGAGAGAAGUCAACAAUUAAACUCAGUAACGUCAUUAGCACAGCAAUAUCCAUCCAAUAUUUGCUAACAUUACCUAACAGCUAAUUCAAGCCACGUAUGUCAUCAUGUAUGUAUUUUUAAAUUUAUUUUUUUUUUCAUAUGUGCAUAUGUGUCUACUACAUGACCAUGGUAAU